AUGGAGAUCGAGAGCAAGACCCAACACGCAACCGCGUCGCCAGAUGUUGAGGAAAACAUGAGUGUCGGCCAAUACAUCGCGACACGCUUCACCUCGCUGGUACCCCCGAUGAACCCCGCACCAAACCCUUUCAAAGCCCUAACCCUCCUAAAUAAGCAACAGUGGCUAAACUUCUUGGUCGCAUUCUGCGGCUGGUCAUGGGAUGCCUUCGACUUCUUCACCGUCUCCCUAACAACCUCCCAGCUCGCCGAAACCUUCGACAAAUCAGUGACAGACAUAACAUGGGGCAUAACCCUAGUCCUAAUGCUGCGCUCAGUAGGCGCCAUAACAUUCGGCAUAGCCUCCGACCGCUGGGGCCGCAAAUGGCCCUUCAUCGUAAACCAGCUUCUCUUCGUCGUCCUCGAGCUAGGUGCCGGUUUCUGCCAAACAUACAAGCAAUUCCUCGCCUGUCGCGCGCUGUUCGGCAUCGCAAUGGGUGGCUUGUACGGUAAUGCCGCUGCUACCGCGCUUGAAGACUGUCCUGCUGAAGCCCGUGGUAUUAUCUCCGGUCUUUUGCAGCAGGGUUAUGCUUUUGGAUAUCUGCUCGCCACUGCGUUUGCCCGUGCGCUUGUUGACACCACUCCCCAUGGCUGGAGGCCUCUUUAUUGGUUUGCAGCUUGUCCGCCUGUUCUUAUUAUUAUUUUCCGGCUUUUCCUUGGCGAGACGGAGACUUUUAAGAGGAGACAGGAGACUCGCGCUGAGAUACGUGGUGGUGUUGCUGCUUCUUUCUUGUCCGAGGGAAAAGUUGCUCUCCAGCGUCAUUGGCUAAUUCUUAUUUAUUUGGUGUUGCUCAUGGCUGGGUUCAACUUUAUGUCCCACGGCUCUCAAGAUCUCUACCCAACAAUGCUAGAGAACCAAUUCAACUUUUCCAAAAACGCAGUGACAGUCACGCAAGUCGUCGCCAACCUAGGCGCCCUCACAGGCGGCACGCUCUGCGGCUGGGCUAGUCAAAUCUUCGGCCGCCGCUUCUCGAUCAUAGUUAUCUCAAUCGUCGGCGGAGCACUACUGUACCCCUACACAUUUGUGACGAACAAGAACGUUAUUGCAGCCGCCUACUUCGAGCAGUUCAUGGUGCAAGGCGCGUGGGGUGUCAUCCCCAUCCAUCUAAUGGAGUUAUCGCCUGGUGCGAUCCGUACGUUCGCUGUCGGCACGGCGUACCAGCUUGGAAAUCUUGUCUCAUCUGCUAGUUCGACCAUUGAGUCGACUAUUGGUGAGCGGUUCCCCUUGCCGCCUACUGAGGAGUCGAAGCAUCGUUAUGAGUAUGGCAGGGUCAUUUGUAUUUUCAUGGGGUGUGUUUUUGCUUAUGUUAUUCUUGUUACGUUUGUUGGGCCUGAGAGGCUUGGCAGGAACUUUGAUGCUGAGCAUGAUGCUGAUUUGCAGGUUGUUGCUGCUCAUCGGGGGAUUGACGGGAAGGGGUAUCCUGAUGAAGAGAAGGGGAGGGUUGAGACUAUUGAGUAG